AUGGGCUACGUAGCCAACACCCCCGAAGACCGCCUCGGCAGGUCUGACUCCAAGAACCCGAACACAACCUGCAAGGGCCUCACCACCUCAGGCAACUUCUGCCGCAACCCCGUCCAACCCGUCCGCGGCAAGCUCCUCUCACCCACCGUCAAGGAGGAGUCGCUGUACUGCCACCACCACAGAGACCAGGCCGCGAGCCGCUCCGCCCAGUCGAGCCCGGGGCCCAGGCUGUCCGGCCGGCCGAUCCUCGGGGAGCGCAGCAGCAUCGACACCCUCGCAGACCGCCUCGGCCUCGUCGACGUCGGCUCGAACCCUUCCAAGAAGCAGAAGCGCCCGCGACCGAACGGCGCCCAGCCGAACUCGAGCCCCUCCGAGAAGCCGCAGGGCGUGUCGCGACCCAGCACCAAGAAGGGCAAGGAGCUGCAUUUCUGCUUCUGCUUCAGCAUCCCCCUCGAGGAGGUCCACGAGGAGAGCACACCCCCGCGCCCUCAGCCUCGACCCGUACAGAACGGUGGUUCCGCCGCGAUGCCCUCGCGGCCCUCCAACAACCACCUCUCCGCGCCCGGCGCCUCCGCCUCGGGCCGACCGAGCACCUCGAGCCGCCACUCGCGCAAGAGCUCCUCCAACCAGGCCUCCCCGCAGCCUCUCUCCCAGUCCCAGACGGCCCAGUACCUCUCCCUCAUCCCGGGCACCACCGACCCGCAGACGGCCUCGGCGCUGAUGGCGGAGCUCGCCCGGCCCUACGGCUCCUCCGAGGAAGCCGGCUACAUCUACAUGUUCUGGAUCAUGCCGACCUCGAAGAAGGACGGGGCGCCGGUGAGCGAGGCGCGCGGGCUCCUCUCACCGCCGUCGCCGCCCCGCGGGGGAGGGCGCCAGCGACGGACGAGCGACGUGGCGUCCGCCGUCGCGAACGCGAGCAAGGGCUCCGGGUCGGCGGACAACAAGAUGCUGAUCAAGAUCGGGCGCGCGGCCAACGUGCAGCGGCGCAUGCAGCAGUGGUCGCGGCAGUGCUCGUACGACGUCGAGGUGCUGCGGUACUAUCCGUACAUCCCGGGCGCCAGCCAGGCCUCGGGCGAGCAGCCGCGGAUGGUGCCGCAUGUGCACCGCGUCGAGAGGCUGAUUCACAUCGAGCUGUCGGGUAUGGGGCUGCACGCGGGGCCGAUUAAUUGUGAUGGGUGUACGUCGGUGCACCGGGAGUGGUUCGAGAUCCAGGCGAGCAAGAAGGGAAUUCAGCUGGUGGAUGAGGUUAUUCGCAGGUGGUGCGACUUUGACGAGACGCAGGUGCCUUGA